AUGCGUCUGCCUGCAAUUGUUGGUGCCGUUGGCCUCCUGGGCACGGUAGUCGAAGCUGCUCCUCGGGGUUCCUGGUUCAGUUCUUUCCAGCACCGUCGAGUUGCUCGGUCUCCCGAUGGAAACGCCUACGACCCUCCGAGAUAUACUCCUGCGAACAAAAGCACUCCUAUCAACACUUACACGCCCCCCAGGAACACAACUACACCGACCACUCACUCAACAACUCUUGAGCCAAGGAUCCAGUGCCCUUCCAACUACGUUUUCGUCUCUACUAAGACUGUCGAUGUCACUGUCACCGUUACUGCUUCUUCCGAUGGAUCUUACUACACCACUGCUGUCUGUCAUGACUGCACCAAGACCCUGACCAUCAGCAACACCAUCUACGUGCCUCCUGGCAAGUAUGCUUCAACCAUGCCAUACGGCGAGAAGAACACUGGAUAUCCUUAUCCUGCCAACUCGACCUAUGGGGCGCCUUAUCAGACCAAGAAUGACUAUCCUAACAUGAACUCUACUAUUGGAUACUCUGCCUCUACGCCCACGGGUUACAAAACUCCUGGCCAGAGUGCAGUCUACAGCACUGCCGAUGGCUACGUCUCUCCUCCUAUUUACACUAAGCCGGUCUAUACCAAGCCUGUGUACUCGGACCCUACUUAUGGUAACUCCACUGGCACCCAAUCAGGCUAUGUCCCUCCUGUGUACACCAAGCCUGUCGACACAAGGCCCACCUUGCCUGGCAACUCUUCGACUUAUGAGACGCCCAUUUACACCAAACCAGUCGAUAGCCCCAUCUACACGCCUCCGGCUUAUACCAAGCCAGCCUACUCCCAGCCUAUCAUCCCUGGAAAUUCAUCCACCGUUGACCCUCCUGUUUACACAAAGCCUGUAGAGACUCCUACAUACAUGCCUCCUGUUUACUCUAAGCCGGUCUACUCUCAGCCCAGAAACUCGUCAACGGUUGUGCCACCGGUCAUCUCGACAACCAGUGACGCCGUCUAUACCCUACCAGUCUACACUAAACCCGUCUACACACCGCCUGUCUACACUGAUCCUGCUGCCAGAAGCGAGUCUUCUGAGUCCUCUACUGUUUCCAUCCCUACCAACUCGACGAUCCCUCCUGUACUCUCGACAACAUACCAGGAUACCACCGUUCUUUCCACUGCUGAGAGCACGACCACCAGCGCAGAAACGGAGACACCCGCUGAGACCACCACAUCUGCCACAACCAGCUCAGAGGACCCCCCUGUGAUCCCAAAAACAUCUGAGGACAUUACCAGUACCAUAGAAACAACAACCUGCGAGACCGAAACUGAGACUGAGACUCCCACGACGAGCGCUACCGAGACAUCCUAUCCCACGCCGACUGGAGCCGACUAG